AUGCUCGCAGGCGCAGAGGUAGGCGAGCAGUCAUCCCCGGGCGAGAUGCUGAUUCGCCGACGACUCGAGAUCGUGAUGUCUCUGGUUAAGGAGUGCGGACUCGUCCUCACAGUUUCUCUGGUGCCCUCAAGCGAGAACAAGGCAGAUGUCCUCACCCGCGUGCCACAGCGAUGGUUAAGGACGUCCGCGGCCAACGUCAUGGAACCACCGCCAGUGUGUGCGGCAGCUGUCGAAACGUCCCUUGACCAAUUAGUGACGGACAUCCACCAUUCCCGUGGCCACCCUGGGGUAAGAAGAACGCUGUACUUCGUAAAACGAGUCAACGCGGCAGUGACGAAAGGACAGGUGCGUGCUGUUGUCGCUUCCUGCCAGAUAUGCCAGUCUAUAGACCCAGCGCCAGUGAAGUGGAGUAAAGGCAACCUGUCGGUGGAGGGAAUCUGGCAGCGGGUUGGGAUGGAUAUCACGCACUGUAGAGGAAGGUCAUAUCUCACGCUCAUCGACUGCGGGCCUUCUCGCUUCACCAUCUGGCGCCCGCUGAGGCUACAAACGAGCGAUAACAUCAUCGAGCAGUUGGAAGCAGUUUUCUGUGAGCGCGGGGCUCCGGACGAGAUUCUGACUGACAAUGACACCGCCUUCCGCAGCAAGUUGUUCCCUCAGUUUGCCUUGCGUUGGAACGUGAAUAUGCACUUCCGGGGAGCGUAUUCACCGUCUGGAAAUGGUGUCGUUGAGAGGUGUCACAGGACAGUGAAGGUCAUCGCGGCAAGAAAAGGAUGCUCCAUAGCAGAAGCGGUGUACCUCUACAACAUCACGCUGAGUGCCUGGGUGAUUUAG